GAGCUAAGGAGAAGCUACCGGAUCUGCAUACCUGCAGCAGUUCUGCAACCUCCUUAUCUCGACUAUUACACCUGCAUGGCAGUCCAAAGGUUUUCAGUUACAGUAAGGGUGUGUCAGCAUUCUGCACUUCCCUCUUUAUUUAUUCAUUUGUUUACCUUGUUAGAGAACAGGUUUGGGGGGGCUCUGCUGGGGGAGGGGUGUCCAUGAAAGAUCGGGUUGGUUGGAGGGCAGCGGGCCCCUCUCCCGAAGCAUCCUGUUGGACAGGUGUAAGGAGACUAUGUUUGAAGGGUGUCUUCAAAAGGUCCAGGCUGUAUGUUAGCAUGGCAGCCGUGAGCUUCCUGAUCUUUCUGGUAUUAAGCGCGCUGUACCUGCCGGAUCAGGCCGCCACUGAGCGGCCUCUGCCAGAGGUGACCCUCUUGAUCUGGACGCAUCCUUUCGGGGAAUAUCGCGCCCUUCCGGACUGUUUGGAGCUGUAUCAGGUCAGUGGGUGUGCGCUCACAGAUGAUCCACAGGCUUACCCGCAGGCGGACGCCGUGAUCAUCCACCACCGGGAGAUUGCUAUAGGUGAAGCCGAUCUCCCAUCGGAGCCGCGGCCCGGAGCGCAGAAAUGGAUAUGGAUGAACUACGAGUCGCCAACGCACACGCCGGGAUUGUGGUUCGUUGAAGGCGUUUUUAACCUCACUAUGAGCUACCGGACGGACUCAGAUAUUUUCCUGCCUUAUGGAUAUUUGGUCCCCCGGGGGCGCAAAGAAACAGUGCGCCAUGGAGCAGGUUUUACGCACGCGCUCUCCAAUUCAAGUCGCCCACGCAAACGCUUCGUCGCCUGGGUCAUCAGUAACUGGUCGGCCAGUCACGCCCGCGUGGGUUUCUACCAUCAGCUCCGCAGGUUCAUCCCGGUCCACGUGUUCGGGGCGGCCGGGCGGCCGCUGCAGCGGGGCGAAGGCAGCGUGGCGCGGCUGCUGCGGCGCUACAUGUUCUACCUGGCGCUGGAGAACUCGCAGCACACAGACUACAUCACAGAGAAGUUAUGGAACGCGGUGCAGGCCGGGGCGGUACCGGUGGUCCUGGGACCUUCCAGGAAGAAUUAUGAGCGCUUCCUGCCCGCAGAGGCCUUCAUCCACGUCAACGACUUCCCCUCAGUGAGGGAGCUGGCCCGUUACCUGGUGAAGCUGAGGGGAGACCCGCUUCAGAUGAGGCGGCACCUGGACUGGAGGAGGAGCUACAGCCUGCACCAGCCGAGGUUCUGGGGGGAGCAUUACUGCAUGGCCUGCAGGGCGGUGAGGAGGAGCACAGGACGGAGCCAGACAGUGACAGACCUGACCAGGUGGUUCCAUUCAUAGAGACUCCAUGAUGAGAAGACUGGAGCUGAUGAUUGGAUUUGAUCUAUGACAGGAAAACAGGGAACUCAAGGAAUUUAAAACUGUUAUUUCUUUAAUAUUGGCUGUGAAAAAGUUUUAAAACAUAUUUAAUUUAACGUGUCUUAUUGACAUCCCAAGCUGCUCUUGCUGGCUUGUUCACUUUUUGUUAUUUCGGUACAUUUCAGAGUUAUUCAUGUGACUGUUGUUAAUCAUCAAAGCCCUACUUUGAUAUAUAAAUCACUUUGACAUAAAUAAAUAAAUAAAUAAAUAUAAAAAUUGUUCUAAUUAAAAAGGAAAAUAUUUCAAAAUAUUCCACUGAGGUAUUAAAUGCAGAAAUGUUUCUUUGUACCAGACGCCACAUUUAUUUAGAAUAUUUUAGCCAACUGCAAUACAAACAGUAUUUCCUUUAGAAUAAGAUCAUCCAUCUUUCAGAUUAAACAAACCUGGCAUAAAUAUUUCCCCAAAUCUUUCAAAGCUGACUUCUAAAAAGACUAGAGAGCUGCUGAUUAAGACCAUAAAGGCUACAAAAACCUCUAGGUCAUUUGAAACAUAAUACAAAUACAUUAGGGCUAGUUAAAAGCUUUUGCUCAUUUCCAUAUUUCCUCUUUUGUCUUUUAAAGAAAGAAAUUUGUAUUUAUUUCAUGUUAUUUCAGAAAAAAAUAUAAUGAAAUGUGAUUCCAGUCCAGUUGCAAAUGACUAUGGCUAAUGAACCCCUGAUCUAAAUGUUGAGACUGAUUAAAAGAGGUCAUAUUAUUUGCAUUUUAAAUGACUGGGUCAGAGCUUUAAAAUGCUUGCAGAUCAAACACAUUAUUAUGCAGAAAGAAAUCCAUUAUCUAUAUUUUCUUAAAGGUGUGGGUUCCCACCAGCAUACAGAGACACAAAGGACAGACAGCCAUGCUGGAAAAAUACUCUGUUUAAAGAGAGGAAAAUAACACCUCCUUUUUUGUCACCAUGGUAGGCAGCUUGAGUAAAUGGUGAGAACCCAUUCAUAAUCUCAAUUCAAAUAUACUAUAAGUAAUCCUUGCUGCAAGACAACAGUGUUAACCACUUAAGCCAAAAUGCUACAAUAAUUAGACUGUUUGUUAGCUGGUUAAAAAGUCAAAGGCAUCAAUUGCAGAAAAGGAAAAAGAAA